AUGACAAGGCUGGAGAAACUGCAAAGGACAAUUAUUCACUUCGGAAGUCUGAAGACAACAGAAGCGGUGGAAGACGAUAUCGUUUGUGGGAUCGAGAUCACGCCGUGUGCGAGUGAUAGUCUAUCAACACUUUCUACGAUUCCUAUAUCAAGCAAUGAAUCGCAGGCCAUUAGUUGGUCGGAUGCGAGCCAAUCGACUUCUGAUUCCUUUCCACAAAAUACUUAUUUGGUUCAUUCUUUCUCUUGCGAAAACGUAAAUUGCCCGUCAUGGGAUACCAGCAACUCGUCAAAAGAUGUAGUAUUUGACGGUAUCUGUGAUGAAUAUUACGAAUUUUCGACAAAAAGAAACCAUUCUUUUAUUGGACCUUUGACACCGAAAGAACACCAGUUUAACACUUGGCAGUUGCGAAAUCGUUCUGAAAACCCCAAUUUUUGCCUUGGCCGCGGCUACGUUUUACCAGCACAAUAUGAAUGUUCUUCAGAUGCAUAUCUCUCUGAGCACGGUCUACUUCAUUCAUUUGCAGAACGUGACAACUGUCCAGACUUUAUUAAUCUGGUAGAGUCAGAACCUGAGAGGCUCCAUGUGUAUCUUACACAAUCGAUUGCCAGUACGCUGUGCCAGUUGACGACCAGGGCCUCUGAUACACCAACUAUUUCUAAUGAUUCGACAAGACAAAAACUCGCCUUGCAACCUCAGAAUUCGGCAUAUACGCAGCAGGAGUCGUUGGUAAUUUCACUGCAAGAGAACACGAAUACGAUUAUGAUACUACUUUCGGGACCACUAGUGCACCUCUCUUCGGUGAUGAACAUAUUGGAGGCAGGAAGGAUUUCGAGUCGCAAAAUGUCCAUUCAUAGUUUUUUCUACCAGCAGAAUAUCGCCAAAAUGUUGACAUGUGAUUCAGUUCUCAGAAGUGCAGUUGCUUUGAGAGUCCAACUGAAAAGGUGGUCCAGGCAUAUCACCAAUAAGGAAAGCAAUUCUAAGGAAACCGGCUCUUGUCUCGACAGUGAUGGAACGAAAAUUAUCUGCACACCAAAAAUGCUUCCAUUGGCUUACGCAUAUAUCAGCGAAGGCCAAAAAAAUGACGUGAACUUGAUUCAAGACGUGGAGCUGAAAGCCGUGCUGAAUAUAACGGAUGGGGGAAAUAGUGCGUCGGCUUUGUUUCCCACCUUCUCUAGCGAUUCGAUCCUGGUGUGUGAGUCAGAUGAUGGGCUCAGUGAAGAACUGUAUGCCCUGGACUCAAUUGGAAGCAGAUUGCGCGAAGAACUUGAGAAUGCAGAGCAAACACUGAAAUAUGCAGCUCAGAGCGCUCAUGCCAAAGUAAGCGGUCCCCCAGCUCCGACGAUUCACGAUGAUGGUGAUCCCUACAGCUACCACCUUGUUGAAAUCAAACAAAAAUUAAAAGCUUUGGAACGAAUCGAACGUAGCCUUCGGAAAGCAAUGUCCCGUGCAGACAAGAUCAUUUGCCAAGUCGCCUCUGACGAUGAUGCUUUAGACGAUACGACAGUGUCGACCGAUGUUAGUUCAACUGAGUCGAAGUCCCCAGGGCCUUCAGUCAAAAGCAGUCGAUCGGUAAGAAUGCCCGGGACAGAUGGCCGUAAGGUUCACUUCGCAGCCGAACAUCAAGAAUUUGUUUUCGUCACCGACACCAGUUAUAGUUGGGCAGGGAGUGGAGAAGACGGACCAGAAGUAGACGAGUCGAGCGGUUUUCUUGGUAAGCUAGAAGACGUCUACUAUGCCUGUGAAGACAUUAUGGACGAAAUGGCGUUCUCCUGCACGAGAUUUUUCGAAAGCAAUCGGCCAAGCGCAACAUCAUCGACUGUACCGAUUCGGAGAAGUACGAUACACUUUGUAUAA